GACCCAAAGAGAAAGGGGUUACUGCCAAGGGGCAUCCCCCCAGAUAAAGGGGCACUGGGUCCUGGGAGGGACGCAGGGGCCAAGCAGUAGCGGGACACCUGCCUGCAGAGGGCGCUCCAACAGCUGGAGAGCUAAUUCCCUGAGAAGACCAGCAGGAGGCACCGCAGGGGUGAGUUUGCACAAUCCUUACAUGCAUAUAUAUGCACUCAUGUUGUAUGAUAAACAUGUAACAUGAAUCUAUCUAAUAUACACUUGUAUUUCCUUUUCUAUCCACCAAAUAUUUUUUUUCAUGUAGAUACUGAAAAAUGUGAAAACUGGAAGUGUUCACGGGAAUAUGCCUUUGAGGCCUAAUGGCUUGGCUAACUGUUUUUAGGGAAGUAGAUUUUAAAAUUAAAAACCACUCCUAAGCAAACUCCUGUUCAGAUAUUAUGCUGAAGGGGGAUCAGGGAUGCAAUCCUGUCCCAUAGAUGCCAAUGGGAGUUUUGUUGUUGACUUGGGGGGUGAGAGGGGCAGGCGUUCACCCUAGUACAAAACCCGAAGAGUCGGAGAGUGUAUUUUUUAAAUUGUGUAGCUGAAGGAUAAUGAUGAAAUAUUUUUCUCCCCAUUGAUCAGCUAUCCCAGCCAGUCAAAGUUUCUUAUUCUGCAGCAAUAUGAAGAUCUCCUGCCUUUCCCUCUGCCUCCUUUCUACAAUGUGCUGGUUGUAUUCGACACCAACAACUGGGAACAAAAUCUUCCAAUUUGGACCUUGCAUGAUUUCAAUGAACGUUAAUGAAAUUAGAGCCAGCUUCACAGCGAUCAAAGCAACCAUUCAAGCCAAAGACGCCAUCCGAACCAUAAGCAUUUUGUCAUACCCAUACUCUCUGCACAAUUUCAAUUCUGCCAAUAGAUGUUGCAUCAUCCAUCACCUUUUAAGAUUCUACGUGGACAAGGUCUUCAAACACUGUGAGACUGAGGAUUCUCAUGUCAACCGGAAAAUCAGCAGCAUAGCCAAUUCUUUCCUCAGCGUCAAGAAGAAAUUCAGACAAUGUAAUGAACAAAAUGUGUGCAAUUGUGGAGAGGAAGCAAUAGAGAAAUAUAAACAAAUUCUCAGCAAUUAUGGACAGCUGAACACCACUUCUGCAGCAAUGAAAUCCCUUGGGGAGCUGGAUAUCCUACUAGACUGGAUGGAAAAGGCUCAUUAGAGAACAGAAUACAAUAACCAACAUGCUAUUUUUAAAGGUCCUUUAAAAUUGUUCAGCUGCCAUGGUGAUGAGUGUGGAAUAAGAUCUAAAUCCAACUUUCUUUGACGAUCUUCCUAUUGACUUGAAUUGGCAAUCUAAAUGUUUAGACAUCAUCUUGCAUAAAUAAUGAAUUAUUUCAAGCUCACGUGGUUUUUCAAACCACAGCACUUAUAUUCCUGAUUAGCCUUGAAACCCUUUCUCUGCUAUUAAGGGUAGUUUUUAAUUAUUCUUUUUAACUGUGGUUAGAUGAGUCUCUUGUAGCAAUGUAAUGAAAUUGGUUAGAUUGUGUGCUCUUUGGGACAGGGACUGUAUCUUCAUCUGUGUUUUGGAAAGCACACCUUGGGAGCUACUUCAAUCUAGAUAUUAGUAAAGAAUGAUGCUUACAACUCUAGGGCUCAAUCUUACAAGACCCCCUCAGGUUGUGAACGCCCAUUGAAGCUAACAGGAGUACAGCCUAGGGAAGGCUUGCAGGAUUGGUCCCUGUAACGGGUUGUGCUCACCACCGUGGCGCCUCUUGCUGGUUGUUCCAGGAAUUAGCUCUGUCCAGCAGCAGGGUGCCCCCCUGGUGGUGUCUCACUCUUGCUCAGGGGCAAACUGCAGUCCUUUGGCUGGCCACUUCCCUUGGCAGCCAGUGGGGCAAAGGGGAGGGGGCCCAACCCAGGGACCCUAUAGCUGGCAGCUGCUCACUGCCUCUCCUUCCCUUGUGCUGCUACCUGUGUUCCCUGGGCCACUUCCCUGUAGCCCCAGCACUUUCUCGGCCUGUGUGUCAAGGCCUCAAUCUGGGAGCCAGCGAGACUGGAGCUCCACUUGCUCCCCUGACCCUGCCCAGCACUACUCUGUCCCAGGUACUUCUCUCUACAGGCAACCAGGCCUUCUCCCUCAAGCUCCAGGGAGAGAAUGAGCUCCUCUUUUCCUUGCAGCCCUUCUUAUAGGGCCCAGCCUGGUCCUUAUUGGCUGCAUCUAAGCCUUCCUCUGAUUGGCUGGGUUCUGCACAGUUGCUACAAGGGCUGCUAUUAACCCUUUGCCAGCCAGUGAGGGGCAGCUGCCUCAUCACAAUCCCCUAUUUUUUUCUUUUUAAACCACAAAAGAAUUACUAUUGUCUCUUGAAAUAAUGCUUAGUGUCAUUGUGUCUCUACAUGUGAAACCAUUUUCUAUGUAAGAUAACUUAUUCUCAGACAGAACUGUUCUUCCCAUAUGUAUUAUCUGCAAGACACUCAAUAAGUAUAUAUUGUACUGAUCAAUUGCACUCAUCUUAAA